AUGGGCUACUUCCUACCGUCGUUCUUUCAGAAGCGGCUGCUCAAGUAUGCCCUCUCCCGCGUCGGACUGGUUGACACCGAGGCGUUGGACUUGGACAACUUGGGCAUCCGCUGGGGCCAAAGAAGUACAGUCGAGCUCCGAGAUGUUGGGCUUAAAGUAGAGAAACUAGCCUCGCUUCUAAACCUUCCGCCAUCGUGUGAAAUGCUCCAGGCGAGAAUCCAGCUCCUAAGAAUAACCAUCCCGGCCGAUAUCUACAGCAGCGGGGUCAUUUGCGAAGCCAGUGGUAUCGACGUGCAUAUUCGGUUAUUAUCAGACGAGUCGAGUCUCGGGAAACACGGGAAGGAGAGAGGAUCCAAGUCUGCUUCGGCGGCUGUGCCUACGGCGACUGAUCUGGCCCAGUCGUUCCUUGAGUCUGAGCCGAAGGAGGAGCGGGAUGAGUUGAAGGCUGCUAUUUCGUCACAGUCUCAAGUAUUACAGCAUGACCCCCUGGCUUACGGUGAUGACGAUGAGGAUGAGCUUGGCCUCGGAAGUGAGACGACAUCGUUACCGAGCUUUGUCGCCGGUUUUGUUAAGGGCGUUGUGGACCGGUUACAGCUCUCGAUUAAGAAUAUUGCUGUCCGGGUGGAUAUGGAGCUGAAACAGGACGGGAUGUCUAAAAGACAACCGGAAAACAAACCAGACCCCGUUGCGUGUCUGUUGAGUGUCGGAGAACUCGAUGUCCACGGGGUAUCUGAGCACACAGCCAGUCCGGAGGAGGGACUUCCUUUACGAGAAGGGAAACGACUCAUAUCGAUCUCGGGCAUAAAUUUUGGGUUGAUUUCGGACCCGAUGGUAUUUUCGAAUUACUCCCGAUUUGCAGCACCCCCAUCGCCGAUGACAACGCGUUCAAAGGAGAGUCAGCCGUCAAGCAGAGCGCCAUCACCAUCACAUCCUUUACUGGAUCAGUCGGACCCGGAACCCCUAUCCAUGACGCAAUCCACUAUAUUUGAACCACCGCAAGAUCUUUAUCGUUCAAAUGUUACUGGACAUAGCUUGGAAGCAUCUACUUUCUCCCAUGGCCGUUUCUCCGAUGCAGAUUCCGAGGGUAGCCAGCAUGGUGGAUAUGCUGACGACUCCCAGAUUUUUGGAGACGAUCCAUUCAAAGACAAUCCGGGGUAUCUUGACUCGGUCAUUGACAAUCAAUUCGAUGACUUUAACGACGGGCAGCCGCCGUUUAUACAACCCCGCGAAGAUGUACUAGCACAAAGCGCAAGAAGUGACUCGUUCCCCAGACCGGAAAGCAUGAAUCUGAGCUACGAUGCCGAACACUAUUCACAAGCUUCACUUCGACCAGAGAGUCUUCACGUGCGCCAUCUUUAUGACUCAGGUCAGAGCCAGACGGGGUCAAACCCUCACGAAACAGUGCAGCCCGUGCACGAUCUCAACGAUUACGACGACAACGAAUAUAAUGAAAGAUCUCAUAUUAGCGCAGCGCCACAGCCUUCUCAUACCUCUUCUCCAAUCUCUGAACGUGGCAGUACAGAUUCACAAGAUGUCACACCUAAUGCCGACCUCAUGGAGUCUAAGUACUUCUCUCAUGAUGAAGCACAGAGUCUCUAUAUGAGUGCAAUUAGUCAGGAACCCAACAGACAAGAGCCGAGUGAGAGUUUCAUGCCAAACAUGCCUGGAGCAUGGGAAUCAUACAACUCCGCAGGAGACCAGAGCAGCGCAUCUGGCUAUCACUCUAUGAACAUUGGCUCAGGCAAUACGAAAUCAAUUCCAAAGCCCAAUGAUUCAGAUACCCCGAAGAUCGCCGUUCCGUCACAGGAGUACUUUGUCGACCAAGCUCUAGAGCACCAAGAGCAGACCUUUGUGCACCGAGAUAGAGCAUCAACUCCAUCUUCACCUGAAAUCCACCGCAUCAAUGAAACCAACAAACAAGUCUUCAGUCUUGACAGAAUAUUGGUCUGGGUGCCAUCUACUUUCGAUCCUCCCGAGGAAGAUGUGUCCAGUUAUCAUUCACCCAAUCCAUCCAGACAGAGAGCAGAUAGCGAUCUUACUGAUUCCACCGUCAGCUUCCGUGAUUCUGCAGUGGAAGAUAGCCUAUUCGCUUCCAAGGCAUAUGCCUCUACCAGGGCCGAGAGGCGAUCGACCGAUUCGCCCGCAUCUGGAAGAGAUCAUCAGACCCCAGAGACACAUCAAACGAGCUCUAGCACGAGUCUUCAUGAAAUCGCCGUUGAAGUGUUUUCAGCCUCUGUGCACUUUGAUAUUGCAACUGGCUGGCUCGUAUCAAAGAUAGGGCAAAAGGUCUUGCAUGCUUUUAGCCCGGCUGAAAAUGACCUUUCUGAGAAGCAGUUGCCCGAAAACCCACUACCCAUGCCGCCUCUACAUCUGGUCAUCCAUAAUAUUUCAGUCAAGUUUCUUGAACAUGUCACCGGGUAUGUCCAUUCGCCGGGGAGAAGUGGCUCACCUCUGCCGCUUCCGUACAGCAUGGAAGAUGUCAUCCUUCGUAUCACAGCAUCCGGUCUUAAUGGUCGAAUUCAAUCUCAAAACUCUGCCUUGAAGUUGAAAAUUGAUGUGUGGAAGUUUGCGUUUGGAUUUGCCUCUGAAGACCUCAUCUCUUUCAACGAGACAUUAAAGAUGCGUGAAUCUACUCGUGAUACUGCGGCUUCUUCAGGCGACAUCACGAUCUCUCUAGUCAAGUCACCCAACCUGGCCAAGGUUGAUAUUUCGACACUGCCGCUCCAUGUAAAUCUGAAUUUGCAGCGCCUGGAAGAAGUCUUGGGAUGGAUGGGUGGCCUGAGUACAAUUCUUGAGCUUGGAAGUUCCAUCUCAUCGGUCUCAACUGUCAAGGGUGGUCAGCCACCUCCGAAGAGACGUGGCGUACAUUUCGAAACACCUGCUCCUGCUCCUGACAAAGUGAAGAGUGAUUCACCGCUAUGGAAGGUCAACGCUAGAGUCGGUGGGAUAUUGCUGGACGUUAUUGGGGAAACACAUUGUCUUCAACUAACCACGACCGCUGUUAAAGUCGUUAGCAGAUUUGAAGGCAUUGGCAUUCAAGUAGACAAGGCGAAAUUGUUUGGACCGCUUCUCCUGAACGACUCAGCAGACGCUCCGGCCAAGAUUACCCUUAACAACAUUCGCGUUGAGUUCCUCUUUGCACCAAAGGAGCCUGAUCUUGAUCGUCUUUUGAAGUUGAUUACUCCGUCAAAGGAUAAAUAUGAGGAAGAAGACGAUAUCAUGCUGGAUACUCUAUUACGACAGCGACGACAAGGCUCUGUUCUUCGUGUCACAGUGACAGGAGUCAAGGCUGUGAUCUCUGAUGUCAGCGGUUUAGAGCCUCUCUCAUCCCUCGGCGUUGAGCUGAGCCGUCUUUCGAAUGUUACCAAAUAUCUCCCAGAAGAUGACCGUCCUGGUAUUCUUACCCUCGUGUUGAUUCGCGAGUUGACUGGGCAUGUGCACAUUGGUGGCGAGGUCGGUGACAUUAACUGUCACCUUACUGACGCUGAAGUGGCAAUUAUUACCAUGCCAUCGUUGACAGCAGCUCAAGUCGGAACAAUUACCGUGAAGCGGAACGACGACGAAGAGCUGGUUGGAGAGGCACUGUGGCCACCAAGCAAUUUUGAAGCGGCACUCAAAUCACGACCGCCUGUUCUUAUGGCACGUUUCAUACCUGAUGAGAUGGAUCCUACGUACCGGAUCAAGUUGCACAAUCUGCUUGUCGAGUACAGGAUACCAUCUGUCGUGGCCUUCCUCGGACUCGGCAAUGACAAAACAAGUGGAGACCUGGCUAGUGAUAUGGCCAACUCUAUUGCCAAUCUCGCGGAGCAUUCUAUGCCAUCGCCAUUGUCAGGGUCACCCAUGAGUGGCAAAUCCAAGUCACCAGUAAAGCCGCUAAAACUCUCCGUCGUCUUCAGAGAUUGCGUCCUCGGCCUGAAUCCUCGUAACUCCCCUGCGAAGGGUCUUGCUGUCCUUACCAACGCCAAAUUCGGAGGCAGCAUGCAUGGAGAGGAAUCUGCCGAAGCAUCGUUGGAUAUCCGGAAGGCAUCAUUGAUGAUAAUUGAUGAUGUAUCCAACAACGGAAACGCUGGGAAUCUCCACCAGCGUGAAUCUGCUGUAUCUCAAAGCAGUCAGGCCCAGGCGUAUAUAGACAAUGGCUACGUUCCUGUUUCGUCCAUUUCAUCAGCAACAGCUGGCGUGAAGUUGGCUCGUCUUGGCGAGGAUGGUACGAAGUCACUCGAUGUUGAGUUGAGAGAUGAUCUCUUGAUUUUAGAGACAUGUGCAGAUUCAACCCAGACGCUCAUCAGUAUUAUCAAUGGACUUCAGCCUCCGACACCACCCAACGUCAAUGUCAAAUAUCGAACAGAAGUCAUGCCUAUUCAAGACAUGUUUGCUUCCUUUACUGGGGAUGCUUUCGCGGCUGAUCCUCAUCCCGAUAAUGACCAUGAUGACCUGACAACCAUCUCUGAAGAGCCAUACCAGGAAGAUGAAUUAAAUGAUGAGAUUGAAUACGUCAGCGAUUUCUAUCCAGUCAAGCGGGACUUUGCUGUUGCCGGUGGAAGCAUGGAGACGAGUUCACAUGAGCUUCUGGACAGCUUCCAUUCCCAGUACCAAGUCUCUUCAAGCAUUGGGGAAUUAGAUUUCCAAGAUGAUCACUUUGCAAAGAAGUCCGCUGUCGGUGGAACUGCGCAUCGAUGGGAUUCCACCCAGAAUACAUACGGUCUUUCCAACGACACCAAGCUCCAGCGGAGUCCACUUCGAGUCAGAGUACGAGAUGUGCAUGUCAUUUGGAAUCUCUUUGAUGGAUAUGACUGGCAACGCACCCGCGAUACAAUCUCCAAAGCUGUCAAAGAUGUGGAGACCAAGGCUACAGAGCGGCGUGCCAGGGGUUCUCGGGUAUCACCUUCAAUGGACGAUGAAGAGGAGUCUGUCAUCGGUGACUUCCUCUUCAACUCGAUAUAUAUCGGCAUUCCUGCAAACAAAGAUCCACGGGAACUUCACCGAGAGAUCAACAACGACAUUGAUGAUCUGACAAGCGAAACUGGCAGUUAUGCAACAUCCACCACGAUCACUGGCGCUUCCAGCCGCCAGGGUCGAACAAAUUCCAAGAGGGAGAAAAAGCUGCGUCUGCACCGGAGCAAACACCAUAAGAUGACGUUCGAGUUGAAAGGUGUCUGUGCCGAUCUAGUUCUCUUUCCGCCAGACUCAGAGGAAACACAAAGCUCACUGGAUGUCCGCGUCAAGGACUUGGAGAUAUACGAUCAUGUUCCAACCUCGACGUGGAAGAAAUUUGCCACCUACAUGCAUGAAGCUGGGGAGAAGGAGAGCGGAAUGAGUAUGGUUCACCUUGAAAUCCUAACAGUGAAACCAAUUCCAGAGCUAGCUGCGUCUGAAAUCGUUCUAAAGGCUACCGUUCUCCCACUCCGAUUACAUGUCGAUCAAGAUGCGCUCGACUUCAUGAGCAGAUUUUUCGAGUUCAGAGAUGAAGGCAUCGAAGAGAAUAGCACACCCGGCGACGUUCCAUUCCUCCAGCGCGUUGAAAUCAACGCCGUGCAAGUCAAACUAGACUUCAAACCCAAGCGGGUUGACUAUGCAGGCCUCCGAUCCGGCCGCACAACCGAAUUCAUGAACUUCUUUGUGUUAGACGGCGCCGACAUGGUUCUACGACAUGUGAUCAUCUACGGAAUCUCCGGUUUCGACCGAAUGGGCCAAACCCUCAACGACAUCUGGAUGCCAGACGUGAAGCAGAACCAACUCCCAGGCGUUCUAGCCGGUCUCGCCCCAAUCCGGUCCCUGGUAAACGUCGGCAGCGGCGUCCGUGAUCUAGUCGUGGUCCCAAUGCGCGAGUACAAAAAGGAUGGCCGGAUAGUCCGCAGUUUCCAAAAGGGCGCCCUAGCCUUCGCCAAGACCACCUCUAAUGAGCUGGUCAAACUCGGCGCCAAACUAGCCAUAGGCACCCAGACCGUCCUUCAAGGCGCCGAGGACCUCCUCACGACCCCAUCCGCCCUACCCGAAGAUGACAACACCGACGAGGACGAAGCGAAGAAGAUCUCCCUGUACGCGGAUCAACCGGUCGGAGUGGUACAAGGUCUACGGGGAGCAUUCAGCGGACUAGAGCGCGAUCUCCUCCUCGCACGCGACGCCAUCGUCGCCGUACCAGGCGAAGUAGUCGAAAGCGGCAGUGCCAAGGCAGCAGCAAAAGCAGUCUUGAAACGGGCACCGACGGUCAUUCUCAGACCAGCCAUCGGCGUUUCCAGGGCUGUGGGACAAACUCUGCUUGGUGCGGGCAAUACUUUGGACCCGAGUAAUCGGCGCAAAAUGGAAGAUGUAAGUGGUUUCACGAACUCCCGACCGUCCCGACUGGUCCCGACUCCGGGGCUGGCAGGGGUGUUCCUAACGGUUACGAGUUAA